CUCCGAGGAAAGACAACCGGGGAGUGGGCGCCGCGCCGUCCGCUGCGAUGAUUCCCCCUCAGGAGGCUUCCGCCCGGCGGCGGGAGAUCGAGGACAAGCUGAAGAAGGAGGAGGAGACGCUGUCCUUCAUCCGCGACAGCCUGGAGAAGAGCGACCAGCUCACUAAGAACAUGGUGUCUAUCCUGUCAUCAUUUGAGAGCCGUCUCAUGAAACUGGAGAACUCCAUCAUCCCUGUGCACAAGCAGACGGAGAACCUGCAGAGGCUGCAGGAGAAUGUCGAAAAGACACUAUCCUGUCUGGACCAUGUCAUCAGCUAUUACCAUGUAGCCAGCGACACUGAGAAGAUCAUCAGAGAGGGCCCCACAGGUAGGCUGGAAGAAUACCUGGGAAGCAUGGCCAAAAUCCAGAAGGCUGUGGAGUAUUUUCAGGACAAUAGUCCAGACAGCCCAGAGCUCAACAAAGUGAAGCUGCUGUUUGAAAGGGGGAAGGAGUCACUGGAGUCUGAGUUCCGCAGUCUGAUGACCCGGCACAGCAAGGUUGUCUCCCCUGUGCUCAUCCUGGACCUGAUCAGUGGUGAUGAGGAACUGGAGGUCCAGGAAGAUGUGACCCUGGAGCACCUGCCUGAAAGUGUGCUCCAGGAUGUGAUCCGCAUCUCCCGCUGGCUGGUGGAGUACGGCCGGAACCAAGAUUUCAUGAAUGUCUACUACCAGAUUCGCUCUAGCCAGCUGGACCGCUCCAUCAAAGGCCUGAAGGAACAUUUUCGAAAAAGCAGUUCUUCCUCUGGGGUUCCCUACUCCCCUGCCAUCCCCAACAAGAGGAAGGACACACCCACCAAGAAGCCCAUCAAGCGGCCAGGGACGAUCCGUAAGGCUCAGAACCUUCUGAAACAGUAUUCCCAGCAUGGUCUAGAUGGGAAAAAGGGGGGCUCUAACCUCAUUCCUCUGGAAGGUCACGAGCAUGAUUUCCGAGUUAAGCACCUGUCCGAGGCCCUGAACGACAAGCACGGGCCACUGGCCGGGAGAGAUGACAUGCUGGAUGUGGAAACGGAUGCCUACAUUCACUGUGUCAGCGCCUUUGUCAAGCUGGCCCAGAGUGAAUACCACCUGCUGACUCUCAUCAUCCCGGAGCUCCACCAGAAGAGAACCUUUGACUCCUUGAUUCAGGAUGCCCUGGACGGACUGAUGCUUGAGGGGGAGAACAUUGUGUCUGCUGCCAGGAAAGCCAUCAUCCGCCACGACUUCUCCACAGUGCUCACGGUCUUCCCCAUCCUGCGGCACCUCAAGCAGACCAAGCCUGAGUUUGAUCAGGUGCUCCAGGGCACAGCAGCCAGCACCAAGAACAAGCUGCCCGGCCUCAUCACCUCCAUGGAGACCGUUGGAGAAUGACCCAGACAAAGAGUACAACAUGCCUAAGGACGGCACAGUUCACGAGCUCACAAGCAACGCCAUCCUUUUCCUACAGCAGCUUCUGGACUUCCAGGAGACAGCGGGUGCCAUGCUGGCCUCCCAAGAAACCAGCUCUUCGGCCACCAGCUACAGCUCUGAGUUCAGCAAACGCCUGCUGAGCACCUAUAUCUGCAAAGUCUUGGGCAACCUGCAGCUGAACUUGCUGAGCAAGUCUAAGGUGUAUGAGGACCCAGCCCUGAGUGCCGUCUUCCUGCACAAUAACUACAACUACAUCCUCAAGUCCCUGGAGAAGUCUGAGCUGAUCCAGCUGGUGGCUGUCACCCAGAAGACUGCUGAGCGCUCCUACCGGGAGCACAUCGAGCAGCAGAUCCAGAUCUACCAGCGCAGCUGGCUAAAGGUGACCGAUUACAUCUCAGAGAAGAGUCUACCUGUGUUCCAGCCUGGCGUCAAGCUCCGGGACAAGGAGCGGCAGGUGAUUAAGGAGAGAUUCAAGGGAUUCAAUGAUGGCCUUGAAGAACUGUGCAAGAUUCAGAAGGCCUGGGCCAUUCCGGACACAGAGCAGAGGGACAAGAUUCGACAAGCUCAGAAAACCAUGGUCAAGGAGUCCUAUGGGGCAUUUCUGCACAGGUAUGGCAAUGUGCCCUUCACCAAGAACCCUGAGAAGUACAUCAAGUACCGUGUGGAGCAGGUGGGCGACAUGAUUGACCGGCUUUUCGACACCUCUGCCUGACCCUGCCAGUGUGCUGCCUGGUCCCACCAGACUCACGUGCCACCGGACUGAUAAACCAGUGUUAGCAUACCUCUGGGCCAGGUGGGUUCGAAGUCCUUUGCAACAGAGACCUUUGUGCCCCACCCAAGAGCCCUGUCCCUGGUGUUUGCAUCUCCCUGCUGGCCCACGUCUCCUGUUAAACCAGCACUCACCCUGAAUGUGGGGCCCUCCUUACCUUGGGUUUCAUGAUGGACGCAUCCAGCAGGGGCCACAAGAUGGCUUCAGAGGAAGACAAAGGCUGGUGCCCCCAGUGGCCAUGUGGAUACCAAGGAUGGGGUGGUCGAUUCCACCCCGGCCCCCUCCAUCCUCUUCAGCCCACAGAUGUGAACGGGCUCAGAGAACAGGCCAUGUGGCAGCUGUCAGACUUGGAGGAAAGGCUGUGGCAGAUAACCUACUGCUUGGACUCACUGUCCACAGUGCUGCCCCAGGAUUUCCUGCCACCUGGGAGGCACCUGGUGACAAGAGGCAGGAGGGCUCUGUCUCUGGCUUUGGAUCUAAUACACCACAAGAAGUGUUUGGAAGAGCUCUGAACUGCCCUGUGGGGCCAACCACUCAGGCAUCUGUCCCUGGUUCCCAGCUUCCAUGCUCCCGGCCCAGGCCACGCAGUAAUGGUUGCAGGGGCUUUAGGCUGAAUGCAUGAGAGACAGGCAACUAGUGGCUGAAGGAAAGCAACUCAGGAGCAAAAUGGGAGGCCAUGAGGGUAAAUUUAGGCUGUGCUUAGGAUGCCAGUGAACAACUGUGUCCAGGGCAGGCCCUUGCUGUGCAUUUGGGUGAUGGUUUGCUUUGCUUUUGUACUCAGAGGGGGAACUCAGGAUGCAUGAGCCUCUGGCUAGAGAAUGGAGCUGACCUCUCUCUAGGGACACUGUCCCAACUCUUCACCUAGCUGUAGGAACUGUGCUGUACCCUUAAAUCUGUAUCCCUAAGCCCCACCCUGUCACAGACUGGGCCAUCCACCAUGAGACGUCCUUGCCAGGGCCUGCGUUAGUCUUGAGCCUGUCUCACCUCGAGAGUGGCCACAUCCACGAGCUGACUACACAGCACACUGGCCAUAUCCACAGCUCACCACACAGCACACUGGCCACAUCCAUGAGGAAGAAAGUGUGCUCAACAGCUGUGGCCCACCCUUCCUUGAACUCUUUCCUCCUCUAGUAGCUGCUGGCAGGGAAAGGAACUGUUUUUUGUUGCUCCAAAACAUUCUUCCAGAGCAGAAGGGUGAAAGACAGUGGUUCUUAGUCCAGAGUGUCCCUUCUUUAGGUCCUCAACUAAUUAAAGUUUGGGUCUGGCCCUUCUUAAGCUCCCUCCGGUAGAAGAAACACCUUUUAGAGAAAUUUUCCAGGCAUAAACUUCUGUCAGGGGCCACCUGGGCCUGUAGGAGGAUGAAUCUGCCCUACUUUAAACCUGCUUCUACCUGCGGAGGAUAAAGGGAUGCCCAGAGCCAGGCUCCAGCAGGCAGACGCCAAGAGCCCACAGCACACCCGGCCACUGAGUCUGAAUCAGCUGCGGGUGUGCAACUUAUCACUCUGCUCUGUUUAAUCACUCCAGCUCCUCAUUCCUCGUGACCCCACACUCCCAGAAUGGGCCUUAGCCCUUGCCUGCCUUCCACACUAGGUACUGGGUUCUUCUUGUCACUCAGUUCCCCUCUGGGCAUGGGGUUGGGACUGCUCAUCUCCAAGGCUGAAUCUAGACCACAGCCUUGGUGCUGAGGAGGAGUAGCAGCAGGUGAAGAAGUAAACUGCCAAUGGCGGCCAGAGGCUGAACCCAGCUAGUCUUGGUGACUAGGUGGCUACGAGGAGCAGGUCUCACUGAGCAGUGGCUUGCAGGAAGGAGAACUGGGUGGAGCCUGCACUGGGGAAGAGUGGAAGACAAGGUAGCUCAUAAGCAGUGUCACUUUAUAGGCAAUGCACUCUGGUUUGAGGACAACAGACCCUCACACACAUCAGCUAACAACAGUGUCUCCCUGGGGGCCACCCCGCCAGUAUGGGCUUGAGCUCUGUGUUCUUCGGGGUCAGCUUGGAAGGAAAAAGAGGCAUUUCCUGGGAUGUGGAAGGAACCUCUUCCCAGGUGGACUCAGUGCACCUGGAAGCAGGGCUUGUGCUGGAGUAGGACCUGAGCUUUCAAGUCAUGAACUGCCUGUUCUUUCUGACACAGUCCUGUCCACCACAUGGGCCUGGAACUCCAGCUCUAUCCCUGAAGGGGUGGGAUGCAAACUGUGAGCUAGGGAGAGAGACAGGAGCCCACAGAAGUCACAGGCUUCUGCCAGCCUCUCAGGGUGGGUGGGAGAGGGAGCUAAUUCACGAGAGUCCCCUGGCCUUUGGAAGCACAUCAGAUAGCCUCCAGUUGGAGAAGAGCCUUAGGUUCAGAGAUGAGUUUUCCUUGUGGAAAUAAAUGCACUUGGCAGCACCUCGAGGCAGGGACGUGAUUG